CUAUCUAUGCAAAUUACUGCCUUUUCAUGCGUUCUUUCCUGACCACAUUUCCCAGAAGCCUUCGCUUUAAAGCAUGUGACGCAUUUAAGCUGCGACCUCUGCGCGUAUCUCUGUCUACAGUUGCAAGCUGGCUGAUAUUCGCAUGUUUUAUUCAGGUGAGGAGAAAAGAAGCGCUCUGGAAAUAUGUCUCUGGCUUGCUGACUUGGAGGAGGCAGAAGAAGAGGAGGACGGGCUGUAAAUUAUUUACAUGUUGUACCGACCAAACCCACAUGACUUUCUUCUGUGGGACACAAAAUGUUGGCUAUGAUUUGAAGGAAGGGAUCGAGCGAAAGUUUGAUAAAUGGCAGGAGCACCCUCCAGUCAAGCAGGUGAAGUUUCUUCCAGCUCCCCUCGAUGGACAGAGGAAGAAGAGUGGAGGAAGAAGGUACUGUAAGAUGAAAGAGAGGCUGGGUCUGACAGAAAUCAGGAAAUAUGCCAACAGAAUGACAUUUGCAGAGAUCGAAGAUGAUGCUUAUCAGGAGGAUCUGGGCUUCAGUCUCAGUCAGAUGGGAAAGUCUGGCAGCGGCAGGGUCAGACAAGCUCAGGUCAAUGACUCCACCAAGGCCAGAAUAUCCAAAUCCUUACAGGGUCUGGAGAUUGUGAACCCACAGGCUGCAGAGAAGGUGGCUGAAGCCAAUCAGAAAUAUUUCUCCAACAUGGCCGAGUUCCUCAAGGUCAAGCGCGAGAAGGAGGAUAAAGUGUGAGGCGGUGUGUCAGACGAAGGAAACCAUAUACACUGACAGCCAUGGACGGAUUUACACUUCAACUGUUAAUUUAUACUCUGUCACACACCCACUCAGACAGACUUGUGUGGGAACGGUGACAUUAUGAGGACAGAACAAGGACACAUGACUGGAGAUCCAACAUAUUCAAGAGAGAGCAACAUAUUCUAGAUUGUUUUUUGUACUUUUUUUUUUUUUUAAUGUGUAUUGAGGAAUUGUGUGUUGUCUGUGUAUAUAUAUAACAAAGAACAGUAAAUGCAAGUUGUUUUUUUCAGCAACUUUGGACAACACUUUGAUCAAAUAAAGUUGCUUAUCUAGUUAUACAAA